CAACCCCAGAUUUUCAUCUCAGCUUGUAUCUUCGGUGGUGAUCUGAACUAUCGGCGCCCUCUUUUCGGUCAUGCACGAGGCCAGGUACAGUGAACUUUCGAUGCCGCGGCCAGGUCUUGGUGCAAUCAACCAGAACUCAGUUUGAAUUGUACCAAUAUUCCAAUCCGGACCUAUGAUAAUUCCUAUCUUCCCACCACCCUCGAGGUAUUGUUGCACAAGCUUACGAAAUUACUUAAAGCCACUCCAGUAUAAAAGUCUCUCCCAUUUUGCUCCCUGAGACUCCACUUCAUCAGCGCUUCCUUUAUUGUUGUUACGAACAUGGCAUACUCCCCAUACGAUGCCUAUGAUACCUACGAUGACUACGACUCCUACAACCGCCCUCGCAAAUCAUCGUUUGGAUAUGGCAGAGCAUCAACUCCUCUCGGUGGCUACCCUUACGAUUCACGGCUGGGGGCAACGUACAGUGAGCCAAUGAUGCGCGGAGAGCGCUACUCUUCGUCCUACCCGAUGUACCCAUCCACACCCAACCACCGCAGCAUAUACCGCACACCAAAUCACAGCUCACAUUAUCUACCGUAUGAUGAUAUGGACUACCGUUCUGGAACUCCUGGUCUCUAUCCGCCUGUCGUGCAACCCUUAGCACUGGGUAGACCACGUCGGGCAUCAUCGGUAUCUUACACGUCAAGGCCGCCAGCAUUUGGAGACCCGUUCCGCAGAAAUAGCCCCCCUCAAGUCAAAUUCAAACGCAAGGGUGCCUUCCGGGGCGGUAUCACCCUUGGUGAAGCACAAGCCAAUGUUCGAUUGGCUGGAUAUGACUCAUAUACUUUCAAUGACCUCGGAGUUGAUCACCGAGGCAAGAUCUAUGUGAAGAUCUCGUGGCCUGGAUAUUCACCACUCAAUUAUGAGAUACCUGUUGAUGGCUAUGGGGGUCUCAUUGACCUUCAAUCGUUGACGCGCAGAAUCGGACGUGCGGUUGCACAUUACCUUCAGGCCAACAUCAUCCCUAUACCAUGGGACCGUAUCGAGCUAUCACACAUGGAAGAAGUCAGCAUGGGUACAUGGCAUCUCAAGAUGACAACAAAUUGAAUGAUGUCCCGUCCUGUGCGUAGCCGCCAGAAGCGAGAAACUCUCAGCGUACUUUAUUAUAUAUCUUUCAAGUCCUUGAUAAUCUAUUCAUACUGCAGCUACACUCGUGGAUGCCUGGUGUAUCGUCAUCUCUGCGCCCUUCGAGCCGUGCUCAGUUGUACAAGAGGUGUCGUCUAUGUAUUGGAAGGGAAUGCAUGUUAUAUGCCAUCAACACUACCAAAUGC